GCCAUGGAAUUCAUAUGGAGUCAUUUGGGUUAUCAAAAUGUGUGGCCAGAAAUGGAAUUUGGCUGGAGAAUCGUUGUUGGCACCUUGAUUGGAAUCUUUGGAGCAGCAUUUGGAAGUGUAGGGGGAGUUGGUGGUGGGGGCAUCUUUGUGCCAAUGCUUAUCCUCAUUAUUGGGUUUGAUCCAAAAUCAGCAAUUGCUAUUUCAAAGUGUAUGGUCACAGGGGCAGCUAUCUCAACCGUGUUCUUUUGCUUGAAGCAAAAGCAUCCCAAACUUGAUUUACCAGUUAUCGACUAUGAUUUGAUGCUGCUUAUCCAACCCAUGCUCAUGCUUGGGAUUAGCAUUGGAGUCAUUUUAAGUGUAAUAUUUGCUGAUUGGAUGGUCACUGUUCUUCUAAUUAUUCUCUGUCUAGGGACAUCAAUCAGGGCAUUCUUCAAGGGUACAAAGAAAUGGAAAGAGGAAACCAUAAUAAUAAAUGAGGAGUCUCGGGAGACUAUCAAGCUUUCUAAGUCUAUUGCAACUUGCAGUGGAGAAGUGGAAUACAAGUAUCUUCCUGGUGGUCCAGAUGUAGGGUCUGAAAUGGAAACUAGAAAUCCUGAGGUGAGCAUCCUUGGCAACAUUUAUUGGAAGGAGUUUGUGCUUACUUUUUCUGUCUGGCUUGCAUUUGUUGCCUUACAAGUUGGCAAGAAUUUUACAGCUUCCUGUUCAAUGAUGUACUGGAUACUUAUUGCCUUACAGAUACCAAUUUCUCUAGUAUUUUAUCUGUACCAAGCAAUAGGCCUAUAUCAUGGGAGAUCUGCAGGAGGUCAACACAUACAUUGGAAAUUGCAUCAUCUAUUUCUAGCUAGUGUUUGUUCUCUGCUGGCUGGAACUGUUGGUGGACUACUUGGAACAGGUUCUGGAUUUGUCAUGGGUCCUUUAUUUCUGGAAGUCGGAAUUGCUCCACAGGUAGCAAGUGCCACAGCCACUUUUGGAAUGAUGUACUCAUCAUCUUUAUCUGUUGUACAAUAUUACCUCUUGAAUCGUUUUCCUGUUCCUUAUGCUCUUUAUCUUACUCUUGUGGCUGCCAUUGCAGCAUACCUAGGACAGAAAAUCAUUGACAAGCUUGUUAAUAUCUUCCGAAGGGCGUCUUUGAUUGUCUUUGUCUUGGCCUUCACAAUAUUUGUUAGUGCAGUUGCACUUGGUGGAGUAGGCAUAUCACGAACGAUCUUGAAGAUUCAAAAGAAUGAAUACAUGGGAUUUGAGGACUUUUGCAAGAAUGGUGCAUAG